AUGGAUAUCAUCGGAAAGAUCCAUCCGCCAUCCUCUAAACGACACUCGUUCAUAUUGGUGGCCACGGAUUAUUUCAAAAAGUGGAUAGAAGCUGUACCAUUGACCAACGUAACAUACCAAGAAGUGAUCAAGUUCAUUAAGGAACACAUUAUUCACCGGUAUGGAAUUCCGCAAACAAUUACCACCGAUCAAGGUACUGUUUUUACAAGUGAUAGAGUGGCUGCCUUUGCCGCACAGUAUGGGAUUACUCUUUUGCAUUUGUUCUCGUAUUAUGUGCAAGCGAACAGGCAAUACCGAAGUAAAGCCACUGAUUGCACCCAAUUCCAGCUGCUCUAUAGGCAAGAAGCGAUAUUGCUAUUGGAAAUCACAGUGCCAUCUUUACGAGUCUUGAAGCAAAAUUUUCUCAAUCCCGAACAAUAUGACACAAAUAUGUUACAAAGGUUGGACGACGUACACGGAGAUUGGAUGAUGGCCUUGGAGAAUAUCCAAGUGAAUAAAGUGAAAAUGGCACAAGCUUAUAACAAAAAGUACGCCGGCGAGCAUUCCAUGAAGGAGAUUUGA